UUCGUCACAGCAGCUCACAUCAGGCAAUAACCAAAUCCGAUUUCAACCUCAUCUGGCAAUCAGAAAUAUUCACUGACAACACCACCCGCAUGUUGCGUCUCAAUCAUGACUCCGAAGCAGCUAAAUAUGUAAACCUGGCCCGUAAACCUGGCCCGCAACGAGCCGCAACAAUAGCCCAGUCGGAGGAGGCAUAGUUGACUCGUCCUCUGAAGACAAAAUAGGGGAAGUUGAUUGCCACGGAGGCUUUUGUUUCGUCCUGUUCGAGCGCACGGCUACAGCGUCAUAUUCCUCCUACCCGUUGACAACUAGGUCGAACUGGAAGUCGGACCAAAACCCCUAAGUGGGCUCAAGCUGUGACUUCAAAUUCAGCGUUCAAGACGCACGAUGAACUCAAGAAUCAUGGACAUUUCUGGCGCGACCGCCAUGCGUGGCUCGAAGACCGGAGUUCCAGGAUGGAGGCUACGACGAGCCCGUAGAUCCAUUCCGCACCGAUAUCUACUAUCUGGACGGUUUUAUCAGAGAAAGCUUCAUGGAGACGUGCCGCAAUAUGGAGUUCUUACGACCGCUCGUCGCCGACAUGGUGCAGGACGAUACCGACUAUUGAGUGCUAGGUCAGAAACGAUGUUCGGCCAGGUAGCGAAAAUGCGAGCUCGGCUGGUCCAGAGGGAAGAGUGUGUGUUGGUGCGGACUGUGCUUGGUAUAGAGCAUGUCUUCAGGACGGCGAGAUAUCUCCUUGCAGUAAGCGCUUCCUGCCGUGCCAUCCCUGUCGCUGACAUUUCAUCUGUGUUAGUCCCCGUAUGUAUGACAUGCUAUCUGUGUCGACCUUAUGCGAUGUGUCCCACCUUUCCACUUACUCCUCGAGGUACUUUGGCUGGUGCAUCUCACUGGCAGUUUGAUCAGGCCCUGGACUGUAAAGCCGUGGAACCACGCUAACUCUGUAGGAAGGCUGUGGCCUCCAGUUUCUCCUUGUCGUCUCGUAUCCCCGGGCUGUGCGGCCUUUCUCAUUAUCACUGCCUUUCUAUGCUCACUUUCCCUGUUCGUAACCCUGCACAGCCUCGAUUCACGUCUAUGUGGUCCAUCUUGAUUAUCGAUAAGCGUUCAUUAUGCUAA